AUGGAACAAAACCAACUUCAAAAUAUUACCGACCGCCCUAAACGUCGAAGAUGUCAGUCCCUAAACUCAUUAACAAGUGAAGACAAUGGCAUAGACCUGAUGAUUUACAAGCCAGAUACAAUUCAUCGCACAUAUAGUGACUCUUCAGUGGAACUGUGCAUGCACUGCGAUCAUGGGCGACUGAUGGACAGCGGUAUAUCAGACUCAGUGCGUUGUGAUCAUCAUGAACGUCUUAUUGACACUGGUAUAUCUGAUCGCAUGAUCAAUAAUGACAUGCUAGUUGUGAUGGAGCAGAAGAUUGAUCGGUUGAGUGAUAUGUUCCUGGAACAAUGCCGGCUGCUGACCGCAAUAAAGGAGGAGAUCCGCAGCUCCAAGCUGAUGCUCGAGAAGACAGAACUCGCCCACAACCAAAUAUUUGUUGAUAUAUUGAAGAAGGCUAUCGCGCAGAGAGUUGGAGCGGUGAGUGUCGAGGAGUGCAGCAAAGAUGAUGAUAGCACUGUGAACAGCCGCGCCAAGACAUUGCUGGAUGCCAUCGAGGCCAGGAAGGAGAUGUCGUUGGACAGCGAGAUCAGAGCCAGCCUUAUCAAAUUCCUGCAGAGUGAGAUCUUUUUAUUACAGGAACUGAAAGAACAGAUGGUGCGCGCUACCGCGGAGUCAGUCCGCGGCCUGAUAGGAGGCUGCUUCAGCCGGGACAUGUCCAAGCUGUACCUGCCCGUCCUCGAGAGGUCACACCGCAGACUUAUCGCACAUAUUCAUAUGAUUGUGGAACAGGCGUUUAUUGAACUGGAGGACAGAUCGUCAUCGCUGUUCAAGUCGGUUUACAAAACGUCUGGAGCCCUGCGGCGCGCGCUGGAGCGCCACCAAUGUCUGCUGGAGGCCACCUCCAACCCUGGACACAACAUGAUCAACACACUGCAGAGUACCGUUGAGGAACUCCUGCAAAAAGAGUUAAAGGACUGGCGUGUAAAAGUGACAGACUUGUUGUCAAGCCAUUUCCACUCGGAGACACUUGAGAGUAACGUGUCUGAUGGACUUCCGGACUCCGUGGACUUCGAACCGAUCACGCCACCACAACCGGCUGGCCGAGACGUCUCGGUCGUCGACCAGUUGAUGGAAGCAGCGCUAGUUAAUAAACUGAUCGAAGAUGGUGAUGUGAACGGUUCGUUCGAGCGGGCGCUCUCUGCCGGCGACCUGUCACUGGUGAUGGUGGCCUGUCGCGCCGUGGACCCUGGACAGGUAUUCGCAGCACCCUGCAGUCUGAAGCAGCAUGUCCUGAUGUCAUUAGUGCAGCAACUAGCCACUGAUAUGUUGCAUGAAACUCAGCUCAAAUGCAGAUUCUUAGAAGAUGCAAUAAUUAACUUGGAUAUGGCCAACCAGGACACGCGAACACAUCUGCCUCUCGUGGUCGGCGAGGUUCGAAAUCACUUGUCGAAGUUUCUGGUCGCAUACCCGAACCAUAUUGCUAGCAGAAGAAUCACCAUGAUAGUGAUGGCAGCUAAUAAUUUAUUAAAAUAA